UCGUAAUGCAUAUGCCCAACAUAUAAAUCUAUAUAUUGUUAAGUAUGAUAUUAGUAUAGAAGAAUUCAAUGAUUCCAACAAUUUCAACAAUGAAGUUUUGGAAAUAAUUUCAGAAGUCACUGAUAUGACAGUAGAUAAUGAAGAUAAUGAAAACAGUGAAUAUAGUGAAUAUAGUGAAAAUAGUGAAGAUAGUGUAGAUAAUGAAAGACAAGAAGAAAUAACGUCAAGUUUUGAAAUAAGAGAAAAUCCACAAAAUCUUCAAGAAUAUAAUGGUGAUGUUUCAUUAAUAUCACUUUCAAUUUCAAAAAAUAUGAAAAUUUACCUUUGA